UGUUCAUCAUGGCGGACGCUGCCACACACAGCAACAACCACGUCCCUGUUUUAUUUUCCUUCUCCGUGUUUUCUCGCCCCUCUUCGGUUCCAGUGAGCUCUGGGUAUGAAGUUCUCACCCAGAAGUUUCUCUCUCUGUACGGCCAUCAGAUCGACGUGCACCGUAAAUUCCUGAUUCAGGUUUAUUGUGAGGAGUGGGGACAGUAUGUUGAUCUACCGAAGGGAUUUACUGUCACUGACAAAUGCAAGCUCCGAUUAGUUCCACUUCAGACUGAUAUCUCUACCUUGGGCAACCUCUCUCCAGCCACCACAGUAUUCUUCUGCUGUGACAUGCAGGAACGCUUCAGGCCUGCCAUCAAGUACUUUGGUGACAUCAUCAGCGUGGGUCAGAGGCUGCUCCAGGGUGCACGUAUUUUGGGGAUCCCGAUCAUUGUGUCCGAGCAGUACCCUAAAGGCCUGGGCAAUACAGUGCAGGAGAUGGAUCUGACAGGUGCAAAGAUGGUGUUUCCUAAAACCAAGUUCUCCAUGGUACUGCCAGAGGUGGAGGCAGAGCUGGCUGAGAUUCCAGGAGCUCGAAGCAUUGUGCUUUUCGGAGUUGAGACCCAUGUGUGCAUCCAGCAGACAGCACUGGACCUGAUUGCAAAAGGGUAUGAAGUGCACAUUAUAGCAGAUGCAACAUCCUCCAGAAGCAUGAUGGACAGAAUGUUUGCACUAGAGCGGCUCGCUCGUACCGGCAUCAUCAUUACCACCAGUGAGUCGAUCCUGCUGCAGCUUGUUUCUGACAAAGAACAUCCAAAGUUUAAAGAGAUCCAGAACCUCAUUAAAGCCAGCGCUCCCGAAUCAGGACUGCUCUCCAAGGUCUGAGCAGAGUGAGAGUGAGGCUCUACAGUUACUCCUGUUACUGAAGUUACAUAAUGUCUUAUAAAGAAUUUACAUCAAUGUUUUAGCUUGGAUUGGUGUUUUGAAUUUCUUUGUCAAAGAUUUUCAUGUGUAAAGUUACCGUGUUCAAAUUGUUACAAACUAUGGUGUUUACUAUAGUGUUUUAGGUAGUGGUCAAUAACCCAGCAUUUAUUCCCGGAUGUUUUCUAUUUGCUUAACAGCAAAACUGGGUAGAACAAGAACAAAAUCAACACAAAUAGCAACUUUUAAUGAGUACUGCAGAUUUAAAUAUUCAACCCCUUUAAUAGAAUCCUUUAUAAGAGCACACAUGUGUUGUGUGGUGUGUGUAUAUAUACGCAUAUAUUUUUAAAUAGACAUUUUACGUUUAAGUAGCACUUUGUUUUCAUCAAUAUGAUCACUACUGGGAUGGUAAACGCUGCUACUUGUUGACAACUUAAACAGCGUGCAAAUGUGUCUUGAUAUUAUGUUUUACUUUCUGGUCUAAAGCCUUCAUAUAGAUUUAGUUUUAUAUUGGGGACAUUGGUUAACAAAGCAGCAUAGUAGCACUGAAUUAAUCUACAUUCUGUUUCACCCACUUCCCAAAAUGCCAGUGCAAUAUUGUCCACAGAAUUGAAACAUAAAGUAAAUAACAAAAAUGGAAAUGGGCUUUUGUUAAUGCUCUGGAUGGAGGUGACCAAGCUAGUAUGUGUUAUACGAGGGAUCUUCAAAAAGUUUCCGUACUUUUAUAUUUUGGUUGGAAACGGUGAGGGCGGGAGGAGUAGUAAUUGGUCGUGUCUGAGAGACUAAGAGAGAGCUUAUAGUCCAGAUUUAGCGCCAUCUGAUUUCCACCUCCAGCUUUAAGGGGAAGAUUUUCAUGUGAUGAUGUGAAAGCAGCGAUGCAUCAGUGGCUACACAAGAAGUUGGUACGACGCUGGGAAAAUGCAUCGGAGGGUGAUUAUGUAGAAAAGUGAUCAUUUGUUUUUGAAAUUCUUAAUAAAUAGAGUUUUUAGUGUGGAAACUUUUUGAAGAACCCUCGUAAUAGGGCUGUAUUAUUACUAUGACCACUAUGCAGUUGUAUACCUAAAACAGGUUUAUAAAUAUGAUCUUGAGCCUAGAAAUGAUGAAAAUAUCAUUAACUAUACUUUGCAUUAAUGAAAUGCACCAACUAGUGCAUUCGAAAUAAAGUUACUGAAAUGAGUGAACAGCUGGAAUAUGUUAAGUACACCAUUACCUAACACAGUUAUGUUAUUUAUUGUAUGUGCACAACUGUUAGAAAAUAGAGAUGGAAAAUAACUAAAGCACUAAAGCACAAGUAGGUCAAUUAUUGCCUGCUCAAUUCUAAACAAGUUGUAUUGUUAGAAGUACUGUAUUCUUCUGGCACUUGCCUACUUAGAACUGUGUAACAAGUGUACACCAUGUAUAAUGGUAUGUGUGUUACGUAGUAUAAAGCACCCAAUGACUAUUUAGUAGAGAACUGUUAGAAGUGUUGGUACUAAAAGCAGACUACAUCUCAUUUUAUUUUAUUUCAUUUAUCUACUGUCACACUUAAAAUUGUUAAAUGCUAUUAAAUAAGGUCCAUUAAAAUCAAAUGUGCAUUUACAGUAUGUCAUUGGAAAACUGUAUUAUUUAUUAAAAUUACACACUGUCGAGUCACAUUAUUAUGACCACUUCCUACUUUCAACAGCUGCAGCUCGCAGCUCAUGAAGGAAGUCACGUUUUGUGAGCUGGCUUGGUGCGUACAUAAAGUGUGAAAGGCACUCUCAAUUGAUUUGGGUACAAAUCCAUCCCUGCAGAUCACGUACACCCAUACAUGCUGAUUGUCUUCCCUGGGGCGGAUGGGAUCUUCCAGCAAUGGCUAGAAAUGUCCGACAUUGGUUGGAGGGGCAUGACCAAGACUUCCAAGUACUACCCUGGCCUCCUAAUUUCCCAGACUUGAACCCAAUUAAACAUUUAAGGGACCACUUUGAUUGCCGUGUUUGCUCUAUGGAUCAUCUCCUACGCACCCUCCAGCAGAUGUGGGAUGCACCGCGGUCAGCAUGGCUCCAGAUACCUGUGACAACCUACCAGGACCUUACUGAGUCUCUCCCAGCCCAUCUAGCUGCUGUCUGCUGCACACGGCGGUUAUUCUGGAUAUUAGCUGGAGGUCAUAAUAAUGUGACUCGACAGUGUUCAGUAUGUUGUAUAGUGUUUGAGUUGGUGUAUCUUCAUUUUCAGAUCUGAAAAUCUAAUUAAACCAAAUGUUUGAGCUACUUCUAACAUGUUUUCUUUUCUUUUAGUUUAACUGUAUUUCUGUUGGGUUUUAAUGACAUAGAUUAGUGACAAAUAAAAAGAAAAAAACAUC